AGUUUAAUCCAAAUAAAAUUACAAUCAUAUGUUGGUAGUGUAUGUAGACGGAUUACCGCCACGGUUGUUGUGUUUCGACAAUGAAUACGGAUUUAUAUUUUUAACUAAUUGAGACGAAGUGCUAUUUAGCAUUGAGAAAAAAAGCUAAUCACAUAAAUGAGCAUGGAUUCUAAUAUUGAUAUAGAAUUAUUAAGUCAUCCAACUCAAAAAGAUUGUCAUAUAGAAAAAGAAAAUAAAACUGAAGAUAUAAUUGAACCAAAUAAAACAAUAAAUAUUAAUGUAGAUGAAGUACAAAAGUCAUUAAUUUCAAAAGAAAAACAAAAGAUCACUGAAAUAAGUGAAAAUACUGAGAAAAUAAGCUUAGAAGAUGUAAAUAAAAAAAAAUUAUUUGAUGAAAAUUCAAAAAAUAUUGAUUUAUCAAUUACUGAAUCAUGCGAAGAAAAUGUUUUUGAAGAAGUUACAGUUUGCCAAAAUAUACAAUCAUCGAGUUUAGAUAAAAAUAUUACAAAAAAUGUUUCACAGGAAAAAAAUUCAGAAAUUCAAUUAAUGAUAUCUAAUAUUAUUGAUAAAAAUGAGGAAAAAAAAUUAUCAGACAAUGUUAAUAUAGUAGAAUGUAUAGAAUCUCAAAAAUGUUCAGAAGAUGUAUCAGAGGAAACAGAAAGUUUAGAGAACGUCAAUGUAGAUACGAAUGAUUUAAAUUUAACAGAAAAAGAAAUUAAUGAUAAUGUUCUGGAAAAUUCACAAACAGAAAAACAAUCUCUUAAUGAAAAAAAUAAUUCAGAUAAUAAAAAGACUGAUUCAAAAGAGACAUUAGAAGAUCAUGAUAAAAAUAUAACAGAAAAAAAUAUUAUAGAACCAGAAAAUACAGAAUUUGUACAAUUUUCUCAAGAAAAACAUGGAGAUGCACAAAUUGAAAACCAAUCUAUCGAUGCUGAAGAUCCUUUUGGUGGAGAUAAUCUUAUCACAGAAAAUAUUGAAUCCAUGGAAACUGAGGAUCUGAAUGAAACUAAUAUAGAUUUUUCUAAAUUGUGUAAUCGAGCUGAUAAUUUGCAAGAUGUUGUAAAUAAUGGAGACAGUAAUUGUAGUACUAAUAAAAAUGAUAACAAUGAAGAUAAAGAUAGUACUAUUGAUAUUUUAUCUCAAAAUGUUAUUAAAAAUAGCAAUAAAACUACAGUUCAAUCAGAACAUAAUGAAAAUUUAAAUACAGAAGUUGAAGAUUCAACUGAAAAAUGUAAUGAUCAAACAAAAAAAACUGUCAAUGAGAUAUCAAUGGAUACUGAAGAAGAACAAUCUAAUGUUUUACCAGGACAAGAUGAUGAGUUAUGUAUUAUUCCAGAUAGCAUGAAAGUUAUAAUUCCUGAACAAACAGAAAAAUCAAAUUCUAAUAAUAAAGAAUCUUUACAUAAAAACCACGAAAAUAGUGAAGAUAAACAAAUAUGUGAAAAUAAUGAAUUAAAUACUGAUACAAAUAAAAAUUUACAACAAAAUCUAAAAGAUCCAAAUGUUGCAAAUGAAUGUGUUAUAACAGAUACAAAAAAUAUUAGGACAGAGAAAGAAUCAAUUAAUAAAAUUACGGCUAUCUCUACAGAUGUGAUUAAUAUUGAUGAGGAAUCAAAAAAUUCUGAAAUUGAAGAAAUAACAGCUAAAGAAAUUUGUAAACAAUGUAAUGAAGAAAGAUCAUGUAAAAUUAAAGUAAAAAUUGGUUUUGAUACUUACAAUGUGUGUUCAAAAACUUGCAAAGCUUUAUUUAAAAUUGCUAAUAAUAGAGCAACAGAUAUACCCAGUGAUGGAGUUAAUUCUAAGAGAGAGAAACGUUGUGCAAACUGUUUGUUAAUUGUUGAACCUAAUGAUGAACGUAAUCUUUCUUGGGAAACAAUGGAGUUUUGUAAUGAGGAAUGUCUAGGCAAAUUUCAAACAAAAUAUGGAAGUUAUUGUAGAAAUUGCAAUGGUUCGGUACAAGCAGUCAGUUUAGGGAAGUAUUGUGUACGAUUUGGUUAUGAUGUUAGACAAUUUUGUUGUUCCACAUGUUUGGAAGAAUUCAAAAAAGGCUUAAAAGUAUGCAGUUAUUGUCAAAAAGAUAUAAGCUCUAGUACAGAAGGUUUUCUUGCACCAGUUGGUGAUAAAGGCCAAUUUAAAGAUUUUUGUACACAAGAUUGCAUGGAAAAAUAUUCAAAAAUGAGUUCUAUUGAACCUCCAAAUAUGGAAAAAAAAUGUUGCAGUGUUUGCCAAGAAGAAAAAAUUGUUCAUUGUGAAGUUCAAAUAGAUAGAUCUGAUCCAGUAGCUAUAUGUAGUGAACCAUGUUUUGCAGCAUUCAAAUUUGUAAAAAAGGUUGAUCCUGAUCAAUGUUCUACGUGCAAAAAAUUUUUUGAAUUACCUAAUAAAAAAAGUUCUGUUGUCUUUUAUGAAAAUGAAGCUCAUAUGUUUUGUUCUAAAACUUGUUUAAAUAUAUUUAUUAUUACUAAUAGGAAAAUUGUUCCAUGUAAUUGGUGCAAAGUAAAAAAAUAUAAUUUUGAUAUGAUCAAAAAAGAAUUAAAAACAGGACAAGUAAUGAUGAUGUGUAGUUUAAAUUGUUUAACAUUAUAUCAGGUUUCUAUUAAUGCAGUUUCUGCAAAACGAAUAAAUUGUGACUUUUGCAAAGAAUUUUCUCAAGCACAAUAUCAUUUAACAAUGUCUGAUGCGACGAUACGAAAUUUCUGUUCAUAUCAUUGUGUAAUGAAUUUUCAAGCCCAAUAUACUAAAUCUCCAAUUACAAUACCGACAGGCGAUGAUCCUGUACCUACCGGUAUGCCUAAAAGAACAUUACCUCAAAGAAGCACAAAUUCUAAUAAUCAAAAAGUUAAUGACAUACAAAACAAAAAGAAUAUGCCAGUAAUUUCUUCAGUUACAAGUUUAGCUACAAUUGGAAAUGGUCAAUCCAGUCCAACCUCACAACAAAAUAAUGUAAAUAAUAUGUUAGUACCUUCAGUUGCUAUUAGUCAAAAUCAGACACCACAAGUAAUUUAUAAGCAGCAUAUUAUAACAAGACCACCAAGUCCAGUCCAAAUUCAUAAUAAAACAACUCAAUGUAAACCUGUAAUGCACACAAAAGGAGUUUCAGUACGUCCACAUCCUUGUACAAAAGCUACACAAACGGAUGGAAUUCAACAAGCAGUUGUACCGAUACCAGUUCCAAUUUAUGUUCCAUUUCCAAUGCAUAUGUAUACUAUGCCUUUUCCAAUUCCAUUACCUUUUCCAUUACCAAUUCCUGUGCCUAUUUUUAUACCCACAACGAGAAAUAGUGCUAAGGGAAUAUUUAAAGAAAUCAAAAGAAUACAAGAAAAAAUACCAGCAGAUCCUUUUGAAGCAGAACUUCUUAUGAUGGCAGAAAUGGUUGCAACAGAAAAGAAAACUAAUGAGACUGAUUCAGAUUCUACAGAUGAUAGAGAUGAAGAUACUGGUGAUCGAGAUCAUUCACAUAGUGGAGGUUUUAGUCCAGAAGCUGUUGAUUCUAGUAAUACAUUUGGUGAUGAUAUGUUACAAAUGGCUUUAAAAAUGGCAACUGGAGAAUUGGAUGAACCAGCUGUUGAUUUAGAAGCUGCUUUAACUCCAAAUACUAUCACUGCUACACAAGCACAGACACAAUCUGAUGCAACUAUAGAAAAUGAUGUUCAAUCAGAACGACUCAUUGUUGCUACUCGAGGAAGAAAACGAAUGGUUCCAUAUAAACCGCGAUCUACGCCGAAUAAACGAGGAAGACGUGUAUCUAGUACAAAUGAUAUGCCUUUGAUGCCACCUCCUGAACCUCAACCUCCACCUCAACCAAGAAUUAUAGAACCUAUAGAAAAACCAGAUGCUAAUAUGGCACUUAAAUAUACAUUCGGAGUAAAUGCUUGGAGACAAUGGGUAGUAGCAAAAAAUACUGAAUUAGAAAAACAAAGUACACCAAUGAGAAAAAUGAAAUUAUUUAAAACAGAUCUUUUACAACUCACAGCUGAUGAAUUAAAUUAUUCAUUAUGUCUUUUUGUGAAAGAAGUUAGAAAACCAAAUGGAGCAGAAUAUGCUCCAGAUACAAUAUAUUAUCUUUGUUUAGGAAUUCAACAGUAUUUAUUUGAAAAUAAUAGAAUAGACAAUAUUUUUACGGAUUCAUAUUAUGAAAGAUUUACAGAUUGUUUGAACGAAGUUGCAAAAAAAUUUUCUGUUCUUUAUAAUGAUGCACAAUACAUUGUUACAAGGGUCGAAGAAGAACAUUUAUGGGAAUGUAAACAAUUAGGUGCUCAUUCCCCUCAUGUCCUUUUAAGUACUUUAAUGUUUUUUAACACUAAACAUUUUAACCUUGUAACAGUAGAAGAACAUAUGCAAUUAUCAUUUUCUCACAUUAUGAAACAUUGGAAACGUAAUCCUGCUGCACAACCUGCUACAACAGGAAAAGUUCCAGGAUCUAGAAAUGUUCUACUUCGUUUUUAUCCACCACAAUCAGCAUUAGGAAGUAAUUCACGUAAAAAAAAAGUAUAUGAACAACAAGAAAAUGAAGAAAAUCCAUUAAGGUGUCCAGUUAAAUUAUAUGAAUUUUACUUGUCUAAAUGUCCAGAGAGUGUUAAAACACGGAAUGAUGUAUUCUAUUUACUACCAGAAAGAAGUUGUGUACCGGAUAGUCCAGUAUGGUAUUCAACAUCUCCACUGGCUAAGGAACAUCUCAUAAAAAUGUUAUAUCGUAUUAAAAUGGUUAAAGAGAUCAAUGUAGCAUUAUUAACUAGCUAAUUUUAUGUUUGCAUAUUUAUCUUUUCUCAAUUCGAAUAAUAUGCAAAAAAUAAUUGUUUCCUUAUACAUCAGAUAAGAAUGUUUAAAGAUGAUGUGUAGUCAUUGAAAUUUUAUAAUUUCUAUUGUAUAUUUUUCACUUCCUAAUAAAACAAAAAA